AUGUGUGUGUCACAGUGUCGGUGGAUGAACUGUAGAGGGCAGUGCACUCCUGCCCUCCCCCUCAUCCUCCUCCUCCUCCCUCUCUCCUUCCUCUCCUUCACAUUUCCAUUUGCUCAGGGAGAACGCCACAUCCCCAAAACAUGUGAGUCUAUCUGUGUGUGUUCAGUGUUACAGCCUCCUGUGCUGACACAGAUGCCGACAUCACAUACCAUUUUUGUUCAGGAGGACAGCAGUUUGUACUGUGAGGCCACUGGUAACCCAACACCCACUUUCCGCUGGGUGAAAGAUGGAGAGUUGUUCGGGUCGGAGCAUGUAGGAUCUGGGACAUUAAAGGCUGGGGAAGUAGGCAAUUCCCUGGAAUUGUAUGAAGGCCACUUCUGCUGCUAUGCCUCCAACACCCUGGGAACUGCAAUGACACAAACUGUGAAAGUCACUGUUGAGCCUCGGCCAGUUCUUCUAAAACAGCGUUUAAUACGUAAGACAGCGUUCCAGGGAGAGAGCAUCAUCCUGUCCUGCAACCCUCCAGGGAGUUCCACUCCUCCGAGCAUCCACUGGAUGAACAUGAAGUUGAUGCACAUCACACGGAGUGAAAGAGUGAUGAUCGGCCUGGAUGGGAACUUGUACUUUGCGAACCUCGAGAUGCGCGACUCCCGAGAGGACUACAUCUGCCACGCCCUGUACAAAGAGGCCAGGACUAUCCUCCCUGCCACCUCCGUGUCCCUGACUGUCAAGCAGAGGGAUGUUUUUCAUGGCGGUGAACCCGACUUCUUCCAUCCUGCCAACUCCAGUGUGAUGGUGCUGAGGGGUCACAAGUUCACACUUGAAUGUAUACCCAAAGGCCUACCCACUCCGAAGGUGGAAUGGCAGAAGAAGGAUGGUAUCCUGGAAAACACGACUGGUCAGGUCACUAACAUUGACCGCUGGCUUCACUUCGACAGCAUCACUCAGGAUGACGACGGCGAGUACGAAUGCAACGCCUCCAACAUCCACGGCUUCGCCACACGCUCCUUCACGGUCACUGUGGAAGCGGCUCCUUACUGGGUGAAGAAGCCCCAGAGCCUGAUGUACGCACCGGGAGAAACUGUGAAGCUGGACUGUCAGGCCGAAGGCACCCCGAAGCCCACCAUCACCUGGAGAAUCAACAGUGUGCUAAUUACAGAAGUGGAUGAAGAACCUCGGCGCACCGUAACAAGCGGAUCGAUGAUACUGAGAGACGUUAACAUUGGAGACACCGCCGUGUAUCAGUGUGAAGCCACUAACGUGCACGGCUCCAUCCUCCUCAACGCCUACGUCUAUGUCAUCGAGCUCCCCCCUCAGAGCCUGUCCUCUGAUAGGGUCAUCUAUGAGGCUGUUGAGGGCGGAGACAUUGCGCUUCACUGUGAAUCUUUUGGCUCGCCACAACCUCACAUCAUAUGGGAGCGUGAGGACAUGGUUCCUCUGCUGUCAAACCCUCGUGUCUCCUUGGAGAUCAACGGGACACUCAAACUGUCCGGCGUCAGCGGCGAGGACAGCGGCGUGUACACCUGCUCUACAGGAAACACCGACACCUUCAUCACUGCUGAGCUGCACGUCUUCAAUCGAACUGUGAUAUUGGAGGGUCCCCAGGACCUCCGCGCUCUCCGAGGUACCACCGUUCUCCUGGACUGUCGUUUCUACGUAGAUCCUCGGCUGCGCAGCCACAGGGUAGCCUGGAAGCAAGGCAGCCACAAACUAUCACAGGAUGACAAGUACACGAUCUUUGAGAACAGCACGCUGAAAGUGGUGGACAUCCAAUUAAAUGACUCCUCUGAAUAUACCUGUGAGGUCAUCACUGAUCUGGACUACGCGAACGCCCAAGGCUCCAUCGCUGUCAUAGUGCCCCCGGAUCCUCCCAAUUAUCUGUCGCUGUCUAAUAUUGAGGGUCCUAAUCUCACUCUGAACUGGAUUCCAGGACGCUCUAACAACAGCCCCAUAACAGAGUUCAUCAUAGUGGCUCAGAGGGAGUCCCAUGUGGAGGAAACGAAGUGGAAGUGGGAGGAACUGAAGAGAGUGCCCGGCAACUUCAACCACGUGGAGCUGACCCUCCGUCUGCACAGCACCUACCAAUUCAGUGUCAUCGCCAUCAAUGAAGCAGGCCAGAGCAGCCCCAGCAUCCCCUCAGACCACCACAGCAUGUCACCUGCUGGUAGGCUCUCCAUAACAAGUUGGCUGAUACGAAUCAUCUGCAGCAUCAUCAUCAUCACCAUCUUGGUUCUGAUACCUAUUAUCCUCCAAUGGCGCCAGGGCAGCAAAUACAGAGAGCAUCCACUAACAGGUACUCCAGGUUCUGCAUGUGAAGACUCAACCUACCAGAGCCUCGAUCCAGCCAGCAGGGACCUGGAACAAACCUACUCUGCACUUACACAUCACGCCUGAGACUCUGGACUCAUAGCUGGCUUUGAUUUCUGUGCUUCAAGAUUUCAGUUUAUUCACAGACGCUGAAAAUUCAUAGCAGCCACACCCAUAACUGUGCAAACUUUAAUACAACUUAAUAGGGUGAGUUUAAAAAAAAAUCAUCCCCUGAAGAUUUGUUUUAAAGGAGGAAAUUGCAUAUAGGGGGCCAAAACAGUUUUUUCUAUCAGGCUGUGAAUGUGUUUGUUUCUGCGGGAGCCUCAAGUGGACAUUAGAGGAACUGCAGUUUUUGUCACUUUAGUGUUUGCAGCUCAAGUGCAGCAGGGCUGAUAAAAGCAUGCCAGGUCAGCUCAUUUAUGCAUGCUCAUCACUUACAUUUUUUACUUACUUUAUAAUUAAAAUAACAUGGCGUGUAUUUAUGAGCUGUCUCCUGCCGAGCUGUGAUUUAAUUGGGUUUGAUCUAAACAGUGAGUUAUGUCCAAGAUACUGUCCUCCUCUGGACCCUUUUUAAACUUGCAGGCUUAAACACAGGUUUAUUCCUCGGGCAUGUCUGUGUGUAUGAAAGGUGCAUCCUCUGAGGAGGGCAUAGCUUCAUGUAGAUUUUUAACAGGCUUUUUGCUGCUGGUUACAUGCCCUGCUUUUUUUAAUCAUUAAACU